AUGGGCCGCAUCCAAGACUUCGCGCCGCAGCACAUUGCCAACGUUGCGUGGGCGAUGGCAAAGAUGUCUGCGAGCAGUCCGGAGCAGUUUGAGGCUUUUGCCAGGCCGGCCUGGGAGGCCCAGCAACAGUUCAAACCGCAAGAGGCGUGCAAUUUGCUUUGGGCUUUUGCCGCCACCACAGUCCACGUGAGAGGUGCCCAGAUGGCCAAAACAGUGGCUGCAUUGAGCACGCAGCUGCUGAAGCAGCUGGCGCGUUGCAAUCCACAGGACCACGCAAACUUCAUGUGGGCUGCGGUGAUGCUGUCAGCCGCAGACAGGCACCUCGCAGAUCAAGUGGCCCUGUCCGCGAGCGAACAGAUCCAUGAGUUCGGUGCAACUCAACUGUCUGCAGUGGUGUGGGCAGUCUCCAAAGGCAACUUCCAUGAGCCUGGGCUCUUCCGUGCCGCCACAGCCUGGCUGGCAGAGGACCGGAAUAUCCAAGCCAUGGGUACGCAGCAUGUCGCCAAUGUGCUUUGGUCCUUUGCUGUGGCUCACCAGCCUCCGGAAGAGGUUCCCGGGCACCUCUUGGGGAAGGGCAUCGCAUUGGCUGCCGAGUUCCGGACGCAAGAGUUGACAGGGGUGCUCUGGGCUGCAGCAGUCGGCGGCUGGUCCUCGCAGACGGAGCUUGUAGGAGCACUGUCGAAAGCAGCCACAGCCAAGGCCCCUUUCUUUCGAGCAGACGAGAUGGCCUCGGUCGCGGCGUCUGUUGCAAGGUUGGGCCAAGACACGAAGGUUCUGAAGCAGCUGUUCUUCCAGCGCUUCGAUUCCGCAGGCGCUUGGCAGCGGCUUUCUGCAGACGAGCUUGCCGCCGCACUUUGGGCGCUGGCACAAGCAAAGAAACACACGGCCGACAGCAUGGCGGCAUCUCCCGAUGAGUCACGGGCGCUCGAGGUUGCCGCUUCGGUUUGCACCACGAUGGCCGCCAGGCUGACACCAGGGCAGACCUGCACAGUGCUGGCAGCCCUGGCCCGCCUCGUCCCCGGCAGGAAAGAUGCGGUUCGUUCCCUGCUGCAGCGGCUGCAAGAAGGCCAGCCGAUGCAGCCGGCUGCAUUGGUCGAGGUUCUUUGCUCCGUGAUGCUGCUGGAUGUUUGGGACGAUCACCUCUUGGAAACUGCAGGCCAGACCUUCGUUACGGGACCAUAUGCAGGUGCGCACCUGCAGCACCUUUCCACCGGGCAGCUCGCCCGUUUGGCUUUGGCCGCGGGACGUUUUGGCCAGCGGUGCUUGGCUUCUGCUGCGUUGGCCGAAGCGGUGCACCGCACAGGAGCUGAACACGGUGACCUGCAGCCCUUCGAAUUGGCACACCUCUCCUUUGCGGCAGCCCUGGUGAGCUUGGUGGACAGGCCACUACACAGCAGCACGGCGCACGUGCUGAAACGAGCAUUCGCAGCGGCAUUCUGGGAGGCCGCCACUUCUGAGUCUCCGACAGCUUUGCUGGCAGAGCGCGACCAGGUGUACACUGCCCACCUGGCCGCUCGAUGGCUUGGAUCUGGCACGGUGUCAGAGCUUCGUGGCAAAGCUUUGGAGAGCUGCCAGGCUUCCGGACGACAUCAGCGCUCGCGUGCCGAGGAGCUGUUGUCAUUUGCGUCGGCGCGACAUGACGUCGUUGUAGAUAACGGCUCUACGGCUUUCACGGGCGAAAUUGAACUUGACGUCAGGAACUUUGGCCAGGUUUUUGCCAUGAUUCUACCUCGCUGGGUUGUUCGGUUUUUCCUGCCUGCAGUACCUGCCAUGGUUUCGCACGCGGGUGUUAUCCUGACUUUGAUCAUGUCUCCUGCCGCCAUCCUGCUGGUCGUCUUCGCAUUCUUUCAAAAAGUGGGCGACGGACAACGCGUGCAUCUUCGGGCCUACGUUCCGCAGUCUCGCAAAGAGCUCAGAGAGAAGUUGUGGAAGCGACUCGAGGCGAGCGCGCACAUCGAGAAGGCCACAGCUCUGGUCACCUGCACCAUUUGCCUCGAAGAUAUUCUUCCAGGGCAACCUGUGAGGAGACUUCGAUGUGGCCAUCUGAAUCUUGGAUGCGAGGUGUACACAUUCGAUAGUGUUUGUUGUGGUAAGCUAGACGGGCUGGCAGCGGUGCACGGUCUUGUUCGUGUGAGCAUUGCUGCUCGGAGUCAUGGGGUCGAAACCGACCGAGACCACCUGGCCUUGAUCCGGGCACUGGGAAGGCAAGGUGCCUGGGCCGCCUCCUUAGAGGUCUUUGAAUGCAUGCAGAAGGCGCAGCUGCAACCCAGUGAUUUGCACUGCACCGCGCUGAUGCGGGCCUGCACAAAAGGUGGAGAUCCUGCUACAGCGAUGCGUGUUUUUGCUGAGGUUGCCGAGCCUUCUGCGAUGGUCUUCGCCGCUGCCAUCUCUACCUGUGGAGCGGCUGGAGAUUGGGAGUGGCACAUCCUGAAGUGGAACAUGUGGAGGGGUUCAUCGCAUUCACACGGACAGUGA